GUUUAUCUGACACCAGCCGCCUCUGCCAUGUCACCCAAGUUCGACCCCAAUGAGAUCAAAGUCAUGUACCUGAGGUGCACUGGUGGUGAGGUUGGCGCCAUGUCUGCCCUGGUCCCCAAGAUCAGCACCCUGGGUCUGUCUCCAAAAAGGGUUAGUGAUGACAUUGCCAAAGCAACUGGAGAUUGGGAGGGUCUGAGGAUUACAGUGAAAGUGACCAUUCAGAACAGACAAGCCCAGAUUGAGGUGGUACCUUCUGCCUCUGCCCUCAAGGAGCCACCAAGAGACAGAAAGAAACAGAAGAACAUUAAAAACAGUGGAAACAUCAUUUUUGAUGAAAUUGUCAACUUUGCCCUGCAGAUGCAUCAUCGAUCUUCAGCUAGAGAACUUUCUGGAACCAUUAAGGAGAUUCUGGGGACUGUCCAGUCUGUGGGCUAUAAUGUUGAUGGCUGCUACCCUCAUGACAUCAUAGAUGAUAUCAACAGUGGUACAGUGGAGUGCCCAGUUAGUUAA